AUGCACCAACUGGCCAUGGAUGAGCAGAAAACUUUCCCUAUUGGCUCUGACAUUGUUAAAAGAGAUUUCUACGUGGAUGAUCUCAUUUCUGGUGGUAGCUGUGUUCAAGAAGCGAUUGAGAUAUUGAAGCAAACAUCUGGACUACUCGCCAAGGGGAACUUUAGGCUGCGAAAAUGGUGUUCUAGCGAUACAGCUGUACUCCAAAACAUACCGGAAGAGGAUAGAGAAACGCUGCUUAAGUUUGACGAUGGCAGUGACAUCACGAAAACGUUAGGCCUCGAUCUCUGGAGAGAAAAACUGGACUGGGAUGAGAGCCUGCCCGUACACUUAAGCACAGCCUGGGUCAACUUCUGCGCUGAUUUUGAGUAUACUCAGCAAUUCCAGUAUCCCCGUCGAGCACUCUCAUCAGACAGUACAGUGGAGAUUCACGGAUUUUGUGAUGCCAGCCUAAGCGCUUAUGGAGCAUGCGUCUAUACAGUCUCAAAGUGCCAUGGCAACACCAGCGUGCGUCUCUUAUGCUCCAAAUCGCGUGUCGCGCCUGUGAAAACCAUCACUGUACCAAAGCUGGAACUCUGCGGAGCUGCAUUAUUGGCUCAACUUCUCAGCGAAAUAUGCCAAAUGAAAGUGUUCGACUGUCGGUAUUACUGUUGGUCAGACUCUGCCGUGACUUUGGCUUGGAUUCGCAAUGAUGCUUCGAAAUUCAAUGUUUUCGUUGCCAACCGAGUCGCAGCCAUCCAAGAGCUCACCACUGGAAUGGAAUGGCAUCAUAUUCCCACUGAAUUAAACCCGGCGGAUAUAAUUUCACGGGGAGCGCUGCCUAGUGAGCUCUUCCGGUCUCCAUUAUGGGCCAAUGGUCCGAGUUUUCUCAGUAAGGGAAAGGAAGAGUGGCCUGCCUCCUGUGUACCUGUCGAAUCCUUACCAGAACUUCGACACAAGGUACUCCUCGGAACUGCAGCGCAACCUGAUCUCUCGAUCGGCUGCAAGUUCAUCAAUUCGUUUUCCAAGCUGCAGCGGGUCUUUGCUUAUGUUUACAAAUUUGUAAAUCGAAUCCGAGGAGCUGAACUAACUGUUGACCACUUGCAUCAUGGCACACAUUGGUUGCUGCGGUCAGUGCAAAUGGCUACUCUUAGCGAUGACUACAAGGCAUUGAAGGAAGGAAGGCAUGUCAAACCGUCUAGCUCAAUGGCCUCUCUUGCACCAUUCCUUGACGACUUCGGCCUACUCCGCAUCGGUGGACGGCUGAAAAACUCGUCGUUGGACUUCUCAGCGCGACAUCCGAUUAUAUUGCCCCGUCAGCAUCCUGUGACGCGAGCAAUCAUAGUUCACUUUCAUAAACGAAACUUACACGCUGGACCUCGCGCUUUAUUGUCUUCGAUUCGGCUCCAGUACUGGCCCAUUGGCGGUCGAAAAACAGUCUCCAGUAUUGUUGCCAAAUGCAUAAUCUGUUUUCGUGCCAAGCCACGAUUGGCAGAGCAUAUAAUGGCAGACCUACCAGCUGAUCGUCUUGAUACAUCGUAUCCCUUUAUGGUCACUGGCGUUGAUUACUGUGGACCAUUUUACUACAAGAACGAAGUGCGCAACAGGCCACCAGUGAAAUGCUAUAUCAGUCUGUUCAUAUGCUUCGCUACAAAGGCGGUGCACUUAGAGCUUGUAAAGGAUUUGUCCACAAUAUCGUUUCUAAACGCCCUAAAACGUUUCAUCCUGACUCGCUCUCGACCUUCAAGGAUCUGGUCUGACAAUGCGACAAACUUCGUAGGUGCCAAGAACGAACUAGCAGAUCUGAGCCGCCUGUUCCUGAGUGACGAGCAUGUCAAGGCCGUUAACGAGUUUUGCCUAUCCGACUCAAUUGAAUGGUUGUUCAUCCCUCCUCGCUCUCCGCACUUUGGCGGACUAUGGGAAGCCGCUGUGAAGACUGCUAAGCACCAUUUUUAUCGAUCUGUUGGCUCUUCCAUUUUGGAUUUCGAUUCGCUGCGCACGCUCGUCUGCCACAUCACGGCAAUUAUUAAUUCUCGACCAUUACUUCCACUUUCAGAGCAUCCAGGUGAUCUUGACGUCUUGACACCCGCACACUUCCUGGGUACAGCGCCAACUUCAUCAUACAUUGAGCCCGAUCUAAGGCAGCUUAACUUCAAUCGGCUUAAUUAUUUUCAGCGCGUCACAUAUCUCCAACAAGUAUUCUGGGCCCGUUGGCGCGAAGAAUAUUUGACGCUUCUUCAACAGCGCUCCAAAUGGCGCACUCCUCAGCCUGGACUCUCCAUUAACGAUGUUGUCCUUGUAAAGGAUGAGAAUCUACCGCCGCUGAAGUGGCCACUAGCUAGAGUGCAAGAGCUGAUCUCUGGAUCUGAUGGGGUAUCCAGAGUUGCUGUGCUUCAAACUGCGACUGGGGUCAUACGUAGAGCUGUACGAAAGCUGUGUUUGCUGCCCAAACAGGAUGAUGUUGAAAGCCCUUGCCUUCCAACGGGGGGAGAAUGUUUGGUCAAGUAA